AUGUUAACAAACAUGAUGGUAGCAUUAACACAAGUUUCUAGAACAACUUGUGCUAUGUGUGAUCUGCGAACAAACUCAAUGCUAUGCAAUAUUUGCAAAUCGGAAACUCGUGACGACUUUUAUCUUCUAUUUCUGACGAGACUCAAGGACGAAUGUAAUGAUUAUUUUGGAUUGCAAGCGAAAUGUAUCGAUAUGCAUGAUGCAAUUGAUCAUUAUCAUGUACCUGAUACUUCCAUGGUGAUGUUCGAUGAAAACGUUCAUACAGUUGAUGAACAUGCGAAGGAACUUCUUGAAGAAAAUACCACCAUCUCGACCGAUGAAGUAGUUCCUGUUACGGUGGCGGGUGAUGGUGAUUGUUUAUUCCAUUCGCUGCAAACGUUUUAUCCGACGAUGUCGACAAAUGAAUUACGUGCUCGCUGUAUUGAUGAAUUAUGUACACACGAACAGUACUAUGAAACUAUAAAGACUGAAAUGGGCUUGGAUAUCGUUGAUGACGAGUCUGUUCAAAAUCAUGUAUUACGAAUUAUUAAUAAUCAAGAAUAUACCGGUGUACUAACAUUUGCGGCAUUGUCUACAGUUAUUGGACAACCGAUAGAAUCAAUAUAUCCUGGUGUCAAUGAGAAUGAUGCUUACAGUGAAGUAUUAAACACAGUUUUUAUUCCGCGAAAUAAACAGUUAUCAUCGUUCGAAACUCCAAUUCGUAUAAUGUGGUCAGGUCCCGAAAAGGAGGUGGAUCGAAUCUGGCGUCCCAAUCAUUUUACGCCCGUACUUUCUAUUCUUCAGUCGAAUUCUGCAAUCGAAACUACAACUCGUAUUGAAAGCAUGGAUGAUGAUGUUACAUAUGUUGAACCAAUGGAAGUGCUACCACAAACAGUUUUACGUACGAGUAGAUCAACAAUAACGUACACAAGUCAAAUGGACGAUGAAAAAGAAAAUAAUAUUGAAACAAAAAAUGUUUUCUCCGUGCUUGAGAAAAGACAGAUUUUUCUCGAAGCGCCUGCAAUUAUUCAACAUAUGAUUGAUGCUGUCAAAGAAGGAAAAGUAUUCGAACAGCCACCAAAAAUAACAACGCACGCAUCCAUAUUUACCGUAAAGCUAACUGAAGAAAAUCGAUUAUCUAUCGGAAAAGACGGUAAUGGAAUAUGGAAACAAAUGAGUUCUGCAAGAACUUUAUUUGUAUUCAAAGAACAAGAUAAAUAUCAGAUUGUACGUCGUGACGCUUCAGGAAAAUUAUAUUAUAACGAAAGGGUAGGAAAUCGAUAUAUCUCAUGUCCAAUAGAUCCAGAUCGAGUUAUUACAAUGCACCGACAUUAUGCUACAAAUUCAAGCAAUCCCUCGCUUCGUCGAAUGAUAGCUUAUGCGAGCCAAACGCUGGCAGAAGAUGAUUCGAAUAAACUGAAUCUGCCUAUCUUUUUACAGUAUGCGAUCUGUAACUAUGAUAACAUCGAAAGUCUACGACUGAAACCACAUGGUAAUGCGAAAAAAUCGGAUCGUCCAUUCACUUCCACCUUACCUUUCGUUCUCAAUCAGAUCAAAUCACAUCCGCGAUAUCUUAAACCUUCAACCAUCUACAAUGCAGCAAUUAAUAAUGUUGAAGAACUUUCCUUACCAUCGUUAACAACAGUUCGCGAUCGUAAUCAAGUAUACAAUGCGCGGCAAAAAAGUGAAUCCAAUGUAGACGAAUAUUUAGCUAUUAUGAGAAACCUAGAAAAGUCCAACAGCAUCGUGGCUCGUUUUUCGAUCAGUCGAGGAGAAGCGCCUGUGUUGGUGUUGUCACAACCAUAUAUGAUUAAAGAAUUAAAACGGUGCUGUAUCAAUCCUUCAGAUCAAACACAACCAUCAGUAUUAUGUAUUGAUACAACAUUUAAUCUUGGUCGCUUUUUCGUCACACCAAUAGCAUUUCGAAACACAGCCGUUCAAUAUCGAAAAACUAAGAAGGCACCAAUUUUUAUUGGACCGACAAUGAUUCAUUACCGAGAUGAUGCACAGUCGUAUCAGGAGCUAUUGGAUUAUGUGCGUCGUGAACUGGGCGAUUGUAGUACACUCGUGAUUGGGAGUGAUGGAGCAAAAGCAAUUAAAAAGGCAGUGGACAAUGUCUUUCCGGAUUCAACCCAUCUUUAUUGUACACGACAUGUGCGUCAAAACAUUGAACGGCAAUUGAUGAAAUGUCGUACGACAUUAGACGAACGUCGUGGUUUAUUGGAACUCAUAUUUGAUUCUUCUGAAUCUCUUAUUCAGUCAGAGACAGAAGAAGAAUUUCAAGACAGGUUGAACCAGUUAAGUGAAUAUUGGAGAACGAUCCAAAGACGUGAUCAAACUCGUUUUAAUGGUGGUGCAGAUUUUUAUCAAUGGUUCAAUCAGUAUCAAACGAAUAUAUUUCGUAAUCAUUUAAUAGCUGCGAUCCGUAUACCCAUCAAUUUCCUCGAUAGAAAUGGUUCUGCUCGUCUGUUUUACAACAAUGACAUUGAGUCUAUGAAUCAUAGUUUCAAGAAUCAAACGAAUUGGGAACUUCGCUCUUUAUCCGAAAUCAUCGAUAUUCUCGGACAACUUAUAACAAGCCAAAAAAAUGAAUCCAUCAGAGCUCUGUAUGAUUCUGGAGAGCUAGAACUAGUACCUCCUUAUUCCAGGUAGACAUUUGUAGUCAUUAUCAUAACUUAUUACUAGAAUAUUCAUAGGUUUGGUUGUGACUCACGUAUAUGGUCUGCUAAAAAAGUUGAAGAGCGCAACGAAAUUAUUGACAACUACUAUAACUAUACUUCUGCAGCUUCGAAACCGAGACGUAACUUCAACAUUCCACGAAACGCAGGAAGAAAGCCAGGCCGAUCAAAUGUUCGUGGAUCAUCAACAGUUACAAGAAAGAAGAAAUAAUUAUUAUAAGCUGCUUUUAUUAAUCUUAUAACUUUUAUUUCUAGCAUGACAUAAUCUAAUCUCUACUUCCAGUACCCAUACUCGCAUUUAUUCUCGCCAACAUUUCUAAUCAUUUUAUCAUAUAGCAAAAAGAUAAUCAAUGAGCAGGAAAAUAAUCAUCAUAAAUGUUUUAAAUAAAAUUGCUUUUAGAAUAACUUUUAGUCGAUAAUAAUGAUUAUUGAUAAAUAUCAAUGAUUAAUAUAAUAGAUGUAUAUAAGAUAUGGAGAUAUUUUUAUUGCAUCAAUUUGAUCAUGUUCAAUAUAUUAGAGUAUUUCACUCAUUUUUAGCUAUCUUUAAGGUAGAAUUAUAUAUAAAAGUGAUUUGAAUAUUAUGCAACAGUAUAUUAGAAAUAUCUUUAUAUUUUGUUUAUGUUGUGAAGUAUAAAAUAGCUACUACUCAGAUGUUGAUAAAAUUUUUAUUGAAAUUUAUUAUCUAUUUCAAGGUGUUUUUCAUCUUUUUUUUAGUGUUUUUGGAAUUAAAUACAUAAGAAAGUGUUUCGAAUUAUAUGUUUGAGAUUGAGUUAUAGUUCUCUCGUUCUAUUAGAACAUUCUAUUUGGGUCUAUUGGAUUGUUUUUAUAACCUAACUCAACAUUAACAAACGUUUUUAUUUUUAUUUUUUUGUUUUUAUGCAUUUCUACUUAUUUUAUGAGUUUUUAUCAUAUAGACAUCUAUUUUCAAGAUAAAUUUACUUGCAAAACUAUUUCAAUCAUAUAUCAAUCACUAGAUUACAUGGGUCUGUGGGUGUUAGUGAAAGUAAGUUGAGUGCUAUCGACUUGUUAUUACAGACCUUUUGGAUGUUAGUAGGUAUAAGUUGACACAUUUAGACUGGUCUAACAUGUUUCCAAUGAAAAGUUUCUCAUAAAAAUUUAUUCGGGGAUGGCACAUAUUCGGGUCAAAAUGUAGGUUAUGGAGUUCUGUGGGUGUUCGUAAGAGUAACUUGGGGUGUUUGUUUGGGAUAUAAGAGAGAUUCUGGGUGUUAGUGUUGAGGGGGGUCAUUUUUUAGUGUUUGUUGACGUUUUUUUUUCCUUAUGACUCGUACAAAGUGGGUGUUCGUGGGUGUUUGUGUACAUAACUUUCAGAGAUGUGGGUGUUCGUAAAGGUGACUUAUAGGCGAUUUUACAAAGUUGGGUGUUUGUGGUGUUCUCAUAAAUUACGAAUACCCGUUUUUAUCCAUUAGAAUUUCUUACUAUGCAUAAAAUGGAUAUUCCAAAAUGGUUUUCUGAUUAUAAUACUUUAAAAAAUCUUAUCCAGGUUUUAAUUGUUGUUCAUCACAAUCGAUUAGUUUUCAUUAUAUGACUAGAGAAUGGAUGAAUUUUAUUGAAUGGGCUCGAUAUUUACAUGACAAUGAAUAAAAAUAAAAAUUUUUUUUUGUUUAACAUAUUUAUUAGAUGAAUUUUUAUUUUAAGAAAUUAAUAUUUAAAAUAUAUUGCUCAAAAUUAUCAUUUAUUAAUCGAAUUAUAUUUUUUUUGUUUCGUACUCUGAAAAAAAUAAAGGAGGUUUGCAGAACCCUCCGAAAAGGUUCUGUAGAUUUCUAAAAGGCUCAAAAUGUGUCCAAAGUCUCAAAAAAAGGAUAAAAAAUUCGACAGAACCUUUUGAAGGUUCUGCGUUUUAUCCAAUCGCAGAAGCAUCUCUUACAGAACCUUUUUUUAGGUUCUGUACAGCAAAAAAGGUUCGGUAAGGAA